AUGUCGGACCUAGACGCCACGACCACGCGUAUCUUCCUCGCACGCCACGGGGAGACGGAAUGGGCCAGGAACGGCCGCUACACGGGAAUAACGGAAAUUCCGCUCACGGCGGAGGGGGGACGUCAGGUCGAGAGCACUGCCAAGCAGCUCGUUGGCCCAGGCAGGCUCAUCGACCCAAGCCGCGUCGCUCAUGUGUGGGUCAGCCCAUGGAGGCGGGUACAGCAGACUUUCCGUCUCCUUUUCGGUGACGGCGGUGCCGAAGUCGCAGGUGAAAAGGUCACCCUGAGGAAGAUAUCACCGAGUGGGAUACGGCGACUACGAGGGCUUGGUGGUGGAGGAGAUUAUUCGGCGGCUGAAAGCCAAAGGCUUGGACCUAAACCCGCAAGUACAAUAUCUGGGGGGAUGGAUAUGAAGGCGGCGAGUAUGGCUUGA